AUGUCGUUCCCCCCGCCCAGGCCCGCCGAGGACAAGUUUUUCGGUCGGAGUCCGGAGGGUGGAGAGCACGAUUUCCUGACCCUCAUGCUGAUGGGAGCCGCCUGCGCCACCCAUCACGUUGCCGACGACUCCUCGGUGGCCUCGUCGACCUCUCACGCCGGGCAUCCGGGUCACCUGGGUCACGCCUACGUCCACCCCACGCACCUGGGCCACGUCGGCUACUCCGGACAUCACGGCUUUGGGGCCUACCCCGUCGUGCACGCGGCCCAUCCGUACGCGGCGCACUCGGGUCAGCACUACGCCAUGACCCACGGAGCCGGCGCCGCCGUGCACCACAACGCCCAUGUCGCCGGCGCCCCCUUCGGCUUCCCUUACGCCCAGCACCACGUGCUGUAG